CUUCCAGUGUCAUGGCGUCAAUUGCAAGGCCAGGGCAAAAAAGGGAGCGCUAGAUGUUUGCUAGACAACUUUUUUUGCUUCUGUUCUCCGUGGACUGCUUAGAAAGAACCUGGGAGACCUCCAAACUACACAAUGGAGGUGGUGACCUUUGAGGAUGUGGUUGUGAACUUCAGCCAUGAGGAGUGGACUUUGCUGAGUCCAUCCCAAAAGAACCUCUACAGAGAUGUGAUGGGUGAAACCUUUAGGAACAUGGCUGCAACAGGAGGACUUGGGGAGAUCCAGGAAGCUGAAAAAGAAUGCAAAAUUUACUGGAGAUACUUAAGAAAUGACAAGCUAGGGAAAUCCUAUGGACGUACAUCUUGGAAUCAGUGUAAAGAAGUAUUCCCUUGUACUGCAGAAGGUAAUGUGAAUGUGAAAGAAGCAGAAACACACCACAAUAUUCAGAUCCAUGAAAAAUAUUGCAGUGGAGAGAAAUCCUAUGUAUGUCAGCAAUGUGGAAAAGGGUUCAGCAAAUCUGGACAUUGUAAGCAACAUGACAUAAUUCACACUGGAGAGAAACCCUAUGUAUGUAAGAAAUGUGGGAAGGCUUUUAACACAUGGGGAUAUUUUAAGAAACAUGAAAGAAUUCACACUGGUGAGAAACCAUAUAUAUGUAAGCAAUGUGGGAAAGCUUUUAUCACACAUGGACAUUUUAAGGCACAUGAAAUAAUUCACACUGGAGAGAAACCAUAUGUAUGUAAGCAAUGUGGGAAAGCUUUUACCCGACAUGACCAUUGUAAGCAACAUGAAAGAAUUCACACUGGAGUGAAACCAUAUAUAUGUAAGCAAUGUGGGAAAGCUUUUACCCGACAUGACCAUUGUAAGCAACAUGAAAGAAUUCACACUGGAGUGAAACCAUAUAUAUGUAAGCAAUGUGGGAAAGCUUUUAACACACAGGGAGAUUGUAAGAAACAUGAAAGAAUUCACACUGGAGAGAAACCCUAUGUAUGUAAGCUAUGUGGGAAAGCUUUUAUCACACAUGGACAUUGUAAGGCACAUGAAAUAAUUCACACUGGAGAGAAACCCUAUGUAUGUAAGCAAUGUGGCAAAGCUUUUAACACACAGGGAGAUUGUAAGAAACAUGAAAGAAUUCACACUGGAGAGAAACCCUAUGUAUGUAAGCAAUGUGGGAAAGCUUUUGCCCAACAUGGAGCUUGUAAGCAACAUGAAAGAAUUCACACUGGCGAGAAACCAUAUGUAUGUAAGCAAUGUGGCAAAGCUUUUAACACACAGGCAAGUUGUAAAAUACAUGAAAGAAUUCACACUGGAGAGAAACCCUAUGUAUGUAAGCAAUGUGGGAAAGCUUUUAUCACAUAUGGACAUUGUAAGGCACAUGAAGUAAUUCACACUGGAGUGAAACCAUAUGUAUGUAAGCAAUGUGGGAAAGCUUUUACGCAACAUAACUAUUGUAAGCAACAUGAAAGAAUUCACACUGGAGAGAAACCCUAUGUAUGUAAGCAAUGUGGGAAAGCUUUUAUCACACAUGGACAUUGUAAGGCACAUGAAAUAAUUCACACUGGAGUGAAACCAUAUAUAUGUAAGCAAUGUGGGAAAGCUUUUAACACACGGGGAGAUUGUAAGAAACAUGAAAGAAUUCACACUGGAGAGAAACCCUAUGUAUGUAAGCAAUGUGGGAAAGCUUUUAACACAUGGAGAGAUUGUAAGAAACAUGAAAUAAUUCACACUGGAGAGAAACCCUAUGUAUGUAAGCAAUGUGGGAAAACUUUUAGCACACGUGCAUAUUGUAAGGUUCAUGAAAGAAUUCACACUGGAGUGAAACCCUAUGUAUGUAAGCAAUGUGGGAAAGCUUUUAACACAUGGGGAAAUUGUAAGAAACAUGAAAGAAUUCACACUAGAGAGAAACCCUAUGUAUGUAAGCAAUGUGGGAAAGCUUUUAUCACACAUGGACAGUGUAAGGAACAUGAAAGAAUUCACACUGGUGAGAAACCCUAUAUAUGUAAGCAAUUUGGGAAAGUUUUAGCCCAACAUGGACAUUGUAAGCAACAUAAAAGUUCAUAUUCAAGAUAAAACCAGUGUAUAUAAGCAUCCUAAGAAUUUUUUGACCACAAUUACAUAUUGCAUAAUGCAUGAAAAAUGUCACACUGGGCAGAAAACUUAUAUAUCUAAGGAAUGUGGGAAAGGUUUCAGCAGAAAUGCUCAUUGUCCAAUACAUGAAAAGAUUUACACUGUUGAGAAACCCUGUUUAUGUGAAGAAUGUGAGAAAGCUUUAACCACACAUGGAAUUUGUAAAAUACAUCAAUGACUCCACACUGGUCGAGAAACCCUAUGCAUAUAACAAUGUGGCAAAACUUUUACCACAUACAGUCAUUGCAAAACAGAUGAAACAAUUCACACUGGGAUUAAUCACUCACUAUGUAAGCAAGUGGAGACACUUUCAGCAUCCAAAUUGUAAGUGAAAUACCUGAAAAAACUCACACAAGAGAUAAAUCCUAUGUGUUAUGGGAAUACUCUCAGCACAUAUGAUCAUUGUUACAUAUCUGAAAGAGCUCACUGGAUCCUAUGUGCAUUAACAGUGUGGAACAUAUCGCAAUCCAUGUUUGUUGUUAAAUACAUAGAAAAGGCAGCACUCUUUGGAUAGUUUAGAUCUAAGUUUAUUUUAAAAAUUCCAAGUAGACCUGAAGAAAUAAUUGAUACAGAAGUUUGAUGUCAAUAUUUCUUCACGAAUUUUCCGGAAAUGACAAAUCUGAAGUGGAGCUCUACUCAAGUACACAUUUUAUAUGGGUUUCAGUUAAUCACUUAUACCUCUUUAGAUUUUUUAAUGUGUCUUUGUGUUUCAACAUGGCAUCUUGUAAUUAAACAUGGUAAACUGAAAUGGGCUUUUCACUUUCAAGUAUGGAUAGUGUCUAUGUACUUAACAUUUUGUUUUUAAAACUUAAUUUUCAUAUUUUUGGUGAAUUUUUAUUUAAAGAAAAAAACCAAAAACUGUAGAAAUAAUACAAAAUUUCUGAAAAAUAAACAAUAAGAAAUCACUAGUUGAUUAAUUACAUAUUGUCAUCUUAGAGGUAAUUGUUCAAGUUACAAAAUUAAAGCAUACAAAGUGAUAUUCAAAUAAUGACACUGUGAACAAUUUACCUCAGUGAUCAAAAAAAACUUAUUAAUAUGCUUAUCUGUUCUACAAAUUGUUUUUUAUCUUAAAGAUGGUAAAGUUAAACAUGACAAAACAGAACAGUUCAUAAGGAAACAAGUUAAGGAAACAGGUUUCAAAGCAAGUCCACUGAGAUGUUCAUUUUCUUAAUGUCUAUCUUAAUGUCUAUCUUAAUGUCUCUAGUUUUCUUCCAAAUAGUUGUUCCCAUCUUCAGAAGCAUUGAAUAUAUACUGAACAUUAUAGAACUAAUCAAAUAAUUACAGGAUGAUAAUGGCUUUUUUGAUCUUCAAGACUGAUGUUGGGGAAGUUGAUAAUGAUUACCAUAAUGUGUCUCAUUCUCUUCAUAGUAGAUCUCUUUAUUUUUAUGUAUGCUGAAACUGAACAUAAGAGACUAAACUAAUAUCACUCUGAACAGUGAAUAAUAGUAUCCUGAGAAGGAGAAAGGUGAGGAAUUGCCUAAAAAAAGAAGGCAGAGGACAUUGUUAAAAGUGUAUCAGGAUUUAAAAGCUACAGUAGUUCUGUUGCGCUGUUUAGUUUGAUUAUAUUUUGUUCUGGUCUGUCUACUCAUAUUAGAUUUGAGGGCACAGAGAGGUAACCCAAAAAUAGCAGGUUAUACCAUGAUGGUAACUGUCCUUAAUUUCCAAUUAACUAAAACUGAAACCCUGUAUUACUUACAUUGUCGUACUAUAACUGAUCUUAUUGGAAUCAGGUUUGUUUGAAUGUUAUUUGGCCUUGACUGAUUUUAUUCACAUUUGGUAUGCUUGCUGGUAUCAAGUCCAAGAGUAGAGGCCACUACUCUGAAGAUAAUAAGAUGUGAAACAUAUAUAUUGGGGGGCUGGGGAUUUAGCUCAGUGGCUUAAGCACCUGCCUGGCAAGUGUGAGGUCAUCACUUUGAUCCCCAGUACCAAAAAAUAAAUACAAGAUAUAAAUUCCAGGUUUAUUUUUUUUAUUUAAACAGAAAAAAAGAACAUAAAAAACAAAGCAGUAAAAGGGUACAAAUCAUACAGAAUUUCAAGAAAAAAUACAGUAAGAAAUCACUAGUUAAUAGGUUACAUAUUGUCUUCUUAGAAACAGUUGUCCAAAUUAUAAAAUUAAAGCAUAUAAAGUGAACAUUCCUACAGCGAGAGUCCAGACAGUUGCAUUCAAUGAACCAACAAAGCUCAGUAAUAUGGUUUUCCUUCCUACACACUCAAACAGGCAAUUAUAUCUCUUAGACUACCUUCCUUUCCUCUCUUCUUCAAAAUUACAUUUACGCUUUUGAGUUUUUGUUUUACUCCCAUAGUUCUUAUUACUGUUUUUUGAAGAGAAUAAAACCUCAAGUGAGUUAAAAAAAACAGAGUUGGUUAGAACAUAAGGAUGGGCAUAGUACUUGAUGCAAAAAUAGAAUAUCAGGUGAUCAAAAAUGGUUACCAUUGUGCCUCUUGCUAUUUUUAAAAAAAGUUGCUAUAUCAUCCGGUAUAAUAGAAUUGAUCAAAACAGUACAGAACAAGACCAAUAAAAACUACACUGGAGACCUUACAGGAUUUGAAAAGAAGAUAAUAUUCAAACCCUAAUGGGCAUCAUAGUAAAUCUUAUUGCCUACAAAGUGGUUGCCUAUACCCUCAAACUCGAUACUAUCAAACAAAAUAGAAUAAAGUAAAAUCAGGCAGAACAAGAUGGGGAGAGCAAUACUGGGGUUAAAAUCAGGUUAAUAGGAAAACAAAAAAAGUUACUAUAAUAUAUCCCGCUAUUUUUUAAUUUGGUUUUAUUUUACUUGAAAAAAAUAAGAAAACAUAGAAUAAUUUUUUUAAAAGGGUGGAGAUCGAGAUAAAAGAGACAUUGUCAUAGAACAACACAGGUCACAACUGCACAAUUAAAGCAUUUUGUUUCACCACCAGAUAAUCUAACAUAAUAUUUUCACCAUAGUGCCUCUUUCCUUGAAUUGUUUGAAUAUAAUGUCGUAUACUAUAGAAUCAAUCAUAUCAAGACAGUGUGAAGCCAUUCAAGAGAAUGAAAGAAUUACAGAGUAUUUAGAGCCAGUUAACAGAAAAUGGACAACGAUUUCUAUAUUAUCUCUUUGCCUGUGAAAAAUUUUAUUUAUACUAUCACAUACAGUAAAAUAUAUUAAGUUACAACAUGUUAAAACCAGUGGUAACAUGUACAACAGCUUGAUGGGAGUUCCAAAGAAGAUGAUAUUAAAUCAGCACCAGCUUUUAUGAUGUGUUAUUUUCUUCAGAAUAGCUAUUUGUACUAUCACCAAUACUAAAAUUGAAAAACCCAGGGUAAAACCAUUGCACUUCAUACCAUGUUGAUUGUACUACAGUUGCUUUGUAGUGUAACUUCAAGUCAGGGAUUGUGGUACCUCCUGCCUUGCUUUUGCUGCAUCUAACUGUCCUUGCUAUUCUAGGUUUCUUCUCAUCCCAGAUGAAUUUUAGGGAUGAUUUCUCAAGUUCUAUGAGGUAUGUUGAUGGUAUUUUUAUCAGAAUUGCAUUGCACUUAAUAAUGAGUGAAAACAUUAUAUGGAUUCAAACCAAUAUGAUUGGGUAUCAUGAUUACCACAUACUUCUAUGUAUUAUCAUUUCUUAUACUAGGGAUUAUAUUCAGUAUUUAUACAUGUGAGUUUGAUUUAUUUCACAUAUGAGUAUGGUCUCAAUCUGCAUCUAUUUAUUUAUAUGUCAAUGUGAUCAUUCUUUAUAGCUGAGUAGUACUCCAUUGUAUAAAAACACCAUAACUUUUUUAUCCAUUACUCAGUUGAUGGACACUUAGGUUGUUUCCAAGAUCUGGCUAUUACAAACUGUGCUGCUAUAAAAAUGGGUGCACAUAUAUCACUGUGGAAUGAUGCUUUCAGUUCUUCUGUGAAUAUGCCUAGAAGUAGAAUAGCUGGGUCAAAAGGUGCUUCCAGGCCCAGCUUUCUGAGAAAUCUCCAGACUGCCCUCCACAAUGGUUGCACCAGUCUACACUCCCACAAACAGUGCAGAAGAGUUCCUUUUUCCCAACAGCAUCUCUAAUAUGUGUUGUUGGCAGUUUUCUUGAUCUUGGCCAUUCUUUCAGAAGUGAGAUAAAAUCUCAGUGUGGUUCUAAUUUACAUUUCUCUAAUGACCAUUUAUGGUGAACAUUUUUUCAUGUAUUUAUUUGUCAUUUAUAUUUCUUCAUCUCAAAAUUGUUUAUUCAUCUCAGAUGCUCAUUUUUGGAUUGGGUCUUUGAAUUUUGGUGGUCUCAUUUUUUAAAAUACUUUAUAUGUUAUAGACAGAAGUCCUCUGUCUGAGGGGCAGUUCACUAAGACUUUUUCCUAGUUUGUGGGUUUUCUUUUCACUAUACUGGAGAUUUCUUUUGAUGUGCAGAAACUUUUUUAUAAGAGGUGAUCCCAGUUAUUGAUUCUGGGAAGCAUUUCCCAUGCGGUUUGAGUCCUGUUCAUCAAUUCUCUACCUACCCCUAUGUCUUCAAGGUUUUUACCCAAUUUGUCUUCCCAUAGAUUUAGUGUUUCUGUUUUAAUAUUUAGAUCUUUGAUCCUUUUAGAUUUUAUUUUAGUACAUGGUGAUAGGCAUGGGUCUAGUUUUAGUUUUAGGCAUAUGGAGAGCCAGUUUUUCACCACCAUUUAUUAAACAGAAUGUCAUUCUUCCAGUGAACAUGUUUGGCCCAUUUAUCAAAGAUAAGGUAUUUGAGUGUGUUUGUAGUGGUGGUUGUAUCUUCUCAUCGAUUCCACUGAUCUUUGGCUCUGUUUCAAUUCCAGUACCAUGUUGAUUGUACUACAGUUGCUUUGUAGUAUAACUUCAAGUCAGGGAUUGUGGUACCUCCUGUCUUGCUUUUGCUGCUUCUCACUGUCCUUGCUAUUCUGGGUUUCUUCUCAUCCCAGAUGAAUUUUAGGGAUGAUUUCUCAAGUUCUAUGAGGUAUGUUGAUGGUAUUUUUAUCAGGAUUGCAUUGCAUCUGUAUAAAAGUUUUGGGAGAAUGGCCAUUUUCACAAUAUUUAUUCUUCCUAUCCAUGAGCAAGGGAUGUCUUUCCAUUUUCUGAGAUCAUCUUCAAUUUCAUUUUUCAGUGUGUUAUAAUUUUCCCUGUAUAGGUCUUUCACUUCUUUCGUGAGAGUAAUUCCUAAAUAUUUCAUGUUUUUGGUUGCUAGUGUGAAGGGUGUGGCCUCUCUUAUUUCUGUCUCUGUGACUUUGUUGUUAGUGUAUAGGAAUGCUAUUGAUUUUUGAGUAUUGAUUCUAUCCAGCUACAUUACUGAAUUUAUUAUAUCUAGGAGUCUUUCAAUAGAGCUUUGGGGAUCUUCUAUAUAAAGAAUCAUGUCAUCUGCAAAUAAUGAUAAUUUAACUUCUUCUUUUCCUAUAUUUAAGCCUUUUAUUUCUCUCUUGUCUAAUUGCUCUGCCCAGUAUUUCCAGUAGUAUAUUAAAUAGGAGCUGUGAUAAGGGACAUCCUUGUCUUGUGCCUGAUUUUAAAGUAAAGGCCCUCAAUUUUUGACCAUUUAGUAUGGUACUGGCUGUUGUUUUGUCAUUGCCGGCCUUAAUUAUAUUGAGGUAAGGACCAUCUAUUCCAAUUUUCUGCAAGGCUCUUAUCAUAAAUGAAUGUUGGACCUUAUCAAAAGCCUUUUCUGCAUCUAUAGUAAUGACCAUGUGAUUAUAACUUUUGGCUCUAUUGAUAUGGUGUAUUACAUUUAUUGAUUUACAUAUAUUAAACAAUCUCUGCAUGCCUGGGAUGACUCCCCCUUCAUCAUGAUAUAUGAUCUUGUUGAUUUGCUGCAUCCUAUCUGCCAAAAUUUUAUUGAGGAUUUUUGCAUCCUCCUUCAUUAGGCAGAUUGGUCUGUAGUUCUCUUUCUCAGUUGGGUCCUCCUCUGGUUUUUGUACUAGAGUAAUAUUUGCUUCUAGGAAUGAUUUAUGAAGGAUUGCUUCCCUUUCCAUUUCAUUGAAGAGUUUGCAGAGUGUUGGCAUUAGGUCUUCUUUAUAUUUCUUGUAGAAUUCUUCAGCGAAUCCGUCUGGGCCUGGGCUCUUCUUUGUAGGUAAUUAUUUUAUUAUGUUUUCAAUUUCAUUAAUAGAAUUUGGGUUAUUCAGUAGUUUUACAUCUUCAUGACCUAGCUGUGGUACUUCAUAUGCUUUAGGAAUCUGUCUAUUUCCUCUGUGUUAUAAAACUUUGAGAGUAGAAGUUUUCGAAAUAGGUUUGAUGGUCUUCUGUAUUUCAAUAGGGUCUGUAGUAAUUUCACCUCUUUUAUUCCUUAUUGCUUGAAUUUGAACUUUUUCUUACAUUUUUUAAAUAAGGUUGGCUAGGGGCUUUUCAAUUUUAUUUAUUCUUUCAAAGAACCAGGUCUUUGAUUCAUUGGUUUUUUGGAUUGUUUCUUUAGUCUCUAUUGCAUUGAUUUCUGCUCUGAUUUUUAUAAUUUCUUUUCUUUUGGCUUUGGGCUUGACUUGCUCUUCUUUUUCUAGAUGUUUGGGGUAUAACAUCAGGUUAUUUAUUUGUAUUCAUUCUGUUUUCCUAAUGUGGGAACUCGUGCAAUAAAUUUUCCUCAGAGGACAGCUUUCAUUGCAUCACACAGAUUCUGGUAUGUUGUAUCUGUGUUUCCAUUUGUUUGUAGGUAUUGUUUAAUUUAUUCUUUAAUUUCCUCUGUGACUCACUGAUUACUCAAGAGUGUUAUUCUGUUUCCAUGUGUUUGUGGGAUUUUUGCAGUAUCUUUUAUCAUUAAUUUCUAAUUUCAUAGUGGUAUGGUCUCGUAGCAUGCAAGGGAUACUUUCAACGCUUUAGCAUUUAUUUAAAUAUGCUCUGUGAAUUAACAUAUGGGCUAUUUUAGAGACUGACCCAUGUAAUACUGAGAAGAAUGUGUAUUCUGUUGUUGUUGGGUAGAAUACUCUGUAUAUGUCUAUUAAAUCCUUUUAUUCACAGGUGCGAUUCAGUUCUUUUAUUUCUUUGCUCAUUUUCUGUCUGGUUGAUCUGUCCAUUGGUGUCAGUGGUGUGUUAAGAUCUCCUGUUAAAAUUGUGCUACUACUAAUUUGAUUUUUCAUUUUUGUUAGUACUUGUUUUAUAUAAUUGGGUGAUCUGGAGUUUGGUGCAUGUAAAUUUAAGAUAGUUUUCUCUUCCUCUUGGAGUUUUCCCCUAAGAACUAUGUAGUGACCUUCUUCAUCCCUUCUGAUCAUUAUUGGCUUGACUUGCUGGUCUUGGCAGGAAACCACGGGUUCUACAUCAGGUUUGAUUAUUAACUGCUUUCACAUCCUACAACAUCUUCAAAGUUGCAUUUUUAUAAAAAUAGCUAUAUAAUGUUAUGCUUACUUGUAUAGUCCCUGAUGAUGUAGACAAUUCAAUUGAAAAUAACAAGAGAAAGCAUAGCAAGUAGUGUAUAUCACCUAAUAUUGUGUUCUUAUAUGUCUCUUUCAUAUCAGGAUUUUCUAGAAAUUUGUUUUGUUGUCUUAUUUUGAUCUGUUUUCCCCCAUAACACAGAAAGGAUAGAUAUACACAUAGAGAUUCACACAUUGGAAGAAUUUCUAACCUAUUUAUUUAAACAAAUAAUAUAAUGCAUAAUGUAAUGCACAGAUACUCUGAAGAAGUGACACUAAGAAACCCAAUGCUAAUUCUGUAGCAUUAUGAUAUAAAAUUGAGCAAUACUAUUAUUCAUUGUUCAGAGUGAUAUUAGUCGAGUCUCUAGUUUUUUUGGGAAUUGUAAUUUUAACGUGGCGUUGUUUUAAUCUUUUGAUGCACAUGCUUCAUUUUCUCUUUCAUAAAUGAUGUUUCUGAAGUUGAGGCAAUAUUUGGCAUUAAGGUAUACAUUUGUAGAGGCUUGGAGUAUGUGUUUUUGAAAAACUUGUGUUCUUUUCACAUAACUUGUACAUUAAUGAAUGUUAUGUUUUCCAAGUUGUGACAAGACAUCUGCUGAUUUCCUAACAUCACUGGAUAUUAUACCAUAUAAAUUAUGUUGCCUGAUUUUGUUUCUCAGUGGAGCCAAUAUUUGUCAUUUAAGUAAACCUUUGUUUUUCUAACCAUCAGAAUUUUACUUGUUAUGUUUAUAUUACAUCUUUAUUUGCUACUAAAGUUUCCCCACAUGUACCAAAUGUAAACCAUACUACUGUGAAUUUCUGAUUGUGCCAUACUGACAGAAUCAUAACUUGUCUCCAAUAGCACAUCACAAUAUAUAUAUCAGAAUCUCCAGAAAUUAUAAAAUUUGGCAUGAUUUAUGAGUAACCAUACUUUGAAAUCAGUUUUUCUUUCAUAUGGAGUUGUUUUUGGGGAAAAUGUUGUUUUUGGAUGUAUCAUGCAAAUGCCUUUAUUUUAUUCCUUGAUGCUGUGAAUGCAUUAUAUAUUUUGUAAUUAUUACUUUUUUUUCCUAAAAUACUGAAGUAAUGGCAUGAAGGGAAACCUAAAUUAUGAGCUGUCAACACAGUAAAAAGUAAAUUUGCUAAAUUAAGUUUCAGAUUGUGUUCUGUUUUACUGAAUUGUGAAUUUAUACAAUGGCAUAUCACUUUAUUUAUAAGGACCAGUGCAUGAUGUUUGUGUUGUGUACUAAUUAUCUUUAAACACAUACAGUGGGCCACGAGUUCCAGUUGGUUUCCUGUUGCCUGUGGUUUUCACUUCCAUUUUAACAUUCAUGUAAUUUGUAACAUGUUUAAUGCAGUGUUGUUGAAUACAAAAUCUGCUUAGGAAUUAUGUUGUUAAAAACAGUGGUGUCAUGAAGACACAAGUGAACAUUGCAUUAAAUACCCCUAACCCAGUGAAGAUAGCUUGCCCAAGUCUCAAUUAUCCUUGGGAAAAUAAAUUCCUCACCUCUUAUGUAACCACCACUAAAACUAUAUCUAUUUUGUACUUAUAGAACCUGAUACACUUCACAAAGUAAAAGACACUGUGAAGUACAUUGUCAGCCUCUAUGCACUACACCAUGUGGCCAGAUUCCCUGCAGCAUAUUUCUUCUUAGCAUUAAUGGGAAUAUUUGGAGUUUGUAUUACAGCUAAUAAUAGAAUACUGAAUCUAUAAGACAUAUAUCCUGAAUACAUGCACUUUCUCAUUUUACCAUGAAAGUAAGUCUUGCUGGUCCUAUUGAUGCAUGCUUGUAAUCCUAGCACCUCAGUGGGCUUAAAUUAGUGGAAGAGGAAUUUGAGUCUAACCUACACAAUUAGAGUGGCUUGUCUCAAAAUAUAUCUUCAAGUUCUGCAGAUGUUGCUUAAUGCUUUAGAUCUCCUCCUUUUCAUCGCCAGCAUCAACAUUUUUUAAUACUCACAAUUGCACAUCAGUAGUUAUCCUUUUAUCGGUUGGCCAUGUAGCAGUUAUCCCAGAGAAUCACUUGGGAAACACAUUUGUUUUUGCAGUGACCAUCAUGAGCAUCAUUUGGGCAGUUGUCAAUUUAACCCAUUCAUUCUUGUAUUGAAAACAGUAGAAUUGUCACUUUUAUAUUCCUUGUUAUUUUAUAAAAACUAACAAAAAGUAUGCAAUUUUUGAUCAUUUUGUAUUUAAAUAAUUGCAUUGGUAAGGAGUUACCUAUAAAGAUUAGGCUAAAGAUGAUUUCUUUAGUUCAAGCAUCAGGAGAGAAUGAGAUGGGAUGAUAAUGGCUUUAAAGCUGACUUUGGGAGGCAAUUGCUAGAUGGUUUAGCAGAGUGUGAAACAAUUGUUUUUAUGCCUGCACUUGAAGUUUAAGGAAACAAGUACAUUGAGGUCAAGAAUAUAAAUGUAUGAUAGGGUAAAAGAAUCACUACUGCAAAUUGUGAUUUUUCUUUUAUUCAGGAAGUGUACUUUUUUUGGUAAUUUGUGCAGCAGUCUCAAAUAUGCCUCUAUUGGAGUAAAACAUAGUGAAACAUGAAAGAGCUAGACAUUGCGUGUUCUGAAUGUAGAGGUAUUAAAAAACAUUUUUUAAAUACUAUUGCUGCUGUUUUGUGUAGAAAAUAAGAUAGGGUGACAAAACAAGCAAAAAGGACUGUGUAAGAUAUUAAUCCUCCUGCAUAAACAUAGAAGCCACAAAAAGUCAAACCAAAAGGAUGAAGAAAUAAACUACAGAAUGAGAGAAAUUUUGCCUAUUACUCCCUGACAGCUAACAUGUAAAACCAAUAGGAACGUGAAAGGAAGGCACAUUUUUCAGAAUAUGUACAAAUUGCCAAGAAAUACUUGAAGAACUAUUGAGCAUUUUUGCACAAUAAAGAAAUGCAAAUAGGGACAUCAUUUCAUUGAAGAGAGAACUAAUCACCAUAAGAUCUAUUUAAUCUUACUAUAGGAACUAUUUAAUCUUAUUGGUGGUAAUGUAGGUAAGUAGUUCAACUACUACUGAAGUCAGUUUUUAAAGUAUUCAUAAGACUAAAAUUAGUAAUUCUCAUUAGUGCAGUGCCUCCUUUAGUGGGUCUCUUCCCCAAAGAGUUAAGGACAUAUUGCAGUGAUGCAUGUGCAUUCCUGUUACUGCAGCAAUAGUCAUUUUUCUGUGGAGAGCAGCAGCAAGCACUGCUCCAUCACCACCAAAUACCAAUGAUGAACAACAAAUACUCACUAGUGUACUCCAUUUGAUAAACUGUGAUAUUUUAUUGUGAAGUGGGCUGUAUCUUAGGUUUUCCUAGUAGACUACAGGUCAGUAUAAAUAUGAUAGUCAUACUAAUGUCACAAGGCCAUCACUAGUACACUAUUACAUUUAUUAGAUUUGAUAUAUUUAUCUUUUUGAGGAAACAUGUUGCUAUGAAGUUCAGGCUGGCUUUGAGGUCACAUUAUAACCCAGAGUGGUCUCAAACAAUUCUCCUUCCUUAGUGUCUCAAGUGCUGGGCUCCACACAAGAGCCACCAGGCCUAGUUUAUAUUUGGUAUAUUAAGUGCAUAUUCAGGAUAUUUUAUUUCAACUGUUUUUGUUGUUAAAGUAUUUCCAUAUUUUACCUCCAGCAUUUGUAGAAACUUCGGCCUUAUUGAGGUGGUGAUGUGCAUAUCACCAGCCUCAUGACAUUGUUUGCUGGGUUCAGAGCUGUCAGUGUACUGCAGUGAAACAUAUCUGUACAUAACUGUUUCUUUUUCUACUUUCCUUAGAAAACAUUUUUAAAAUUUCCAUGGAUAAUCAGAGGAUCAGUAACCCUGGCUAGAGUUUCAUGCAAAUUCUGACAGUUAACUACAGUGUAGCACUGACCCAAAGAUACUCUCUGUCAUCUGAGAGUCUCUAUAUUCCUGUCUGUACACACACUUUGUGCCUGAGCCAUCACCUGUUGUCGGUCCCAGAGUCUGCUGCAAGGCUAUGGAACACAUAGCUUUGUGACCGCCUCUAGACUGGUGUCCUAUAUGCCACUCUGCUGAGGCAGAGCACAGCUUCUGGCAGGAAGCCAGAGGCUCUAAGGCUCUGAGACAACACUGGUUUUUCUUUGUGAACACAGAUAAUAUUAUAUGUCUGUAAGACAGACAGCUCUGUCCCAUAUUUCGACCCAGGAAGACAGAAGAGGAAUCUGGAGACUGUGGAUUAGACAGGGGUGCUGCCCUUCUGCUCUGCCAGCCUGGUCUUGGGUGGGAACCUGACAGUGGCCCAGGCUUGCAUCCUCCCAGCACCUGCACCUGCCCAAGAGGAUCUGCCCUCAGGGCAUGUCAGACCCAGUCACACUUGACUUAGGGCAGGAAUUGUGUAGGGGGAUUCACAGUGGUGGUCAGGCCUUAAUGUUACUCUGCUGGACUCAGUGAGUCUGAGUGGCUUGUGGCUGAGUCUAGUGACACCUGUCCUCAUCUCUCUCCUGCCUCUGGGUGCCAGAAGGCUGGGGACAGUGAGCCCUGUCCUUUAAUGCCCUUGUCAUUUGGCAUUUGCCCAUAAUCAUCCUGAAGGCUCUGGGAUGAGUGAACCAUUUUUUCAGCCAUUUCCACAUUGUCUACCUAUGCGGGAUCCUGAAGCUGGGGUCUCGUGUCCUGAGAAAGCACCAUAACCUGCUCCCUGUUCACUGUCUUGAGCCAACUGUCUGUAAAGACCAACUGUCACCAGACCAAGGUGCCUGGUGACCUGAGCCUUCAGAGUUCUGUUUGGACCUAUCGCCAAGGAAGUGAGGUCAUGCACUGGGGUCCACAGUUUGGCCUUCCUCUGUGAUAUCACCUUUCUUUUUGUUGUGAAACAAAUCUAUGUCCUCCUUAAAAACAACAAGUUAAAAUGCUAGAAAACAGUGUAUACAUUUAGACUUUGCUGCACUUUGAAAAUUUUAAUGCAGCAAACAUGUAAAUGCUUCAGAUGUGUCAGGCUAGGUGCCAAACACAAAUGCCCAUCCAAAGGAUCCGUUGUCUCGGAGGAUGAAAGACACAUUGUCUUCUGUUAAAGAUUUGUCAAAUGUUAGGAAGACUUCCUUUCUUGGGCUUAUGUUAGUUUCAUUUCAGUUCCAUUAGGAAGCAGAAUACCCAUAAUAAUUUUACCAAACAAUGUAAAGGUCUCAUGUUAUAAACCCCAUAUAUCCAGGGGAGGAGGAUUCAUAGCCAGUUUUACUCUCACGAGCUUAGGAAUGAUUAUUUAUUCAAUCUUAGAUGUUCAACUCAGCUAUAUACUGUAGUUCUCCAAACUCUGAACUCCAGGGAGGGGGGACAGCAGGUGGUGAGUACAAGGGGAGGUGACAUCAUCAACCCAUACUGAUGAAGGACACAUAUGCAUCACUCCUGGAGAAAUUGUCUCCUAGCUGCUGCUGUCACUUCCUUUCCUCCCAUCCCAAUCAGAACAUGGGCUUUGUGUUCCUGAUGGGUAGUUUCCCUUUCCUAGAGGUGAUGGUGCUGAGCCUUUUCAGUUGUAAUACUCUUUGGUUGGUCUCCUUGAAGCAGUGUUUCCAUGCCGGUCUCUCUCUGUGCUGCAACCACCCACUAUUAUGUGGCUGAACCAAGCACAUGCACCUGUCACCCAUCUUGUGAUGGCCAUUUUUUAUUUUUUUGGGUGAGACUUCAAAAGGAAGCUGCCACACUCAUUAUUACACAAGAAUUUGAGUGCAUACUGACAUUUAUUUCAAAGAAAAUGCAUCAUAUUGCUGGUGUAUGAAUAACUUAGAACUUCUUGCUGUAUCUUUGGAAGCAGAUGUUUAAAGCAGAGUUAUGUGGUUCCUGUUUUAUUUUGUUUUGUGUUAUUUUGCUAUACUAUAUUAUGCUCUGUUAUGUUAUAUUAUGUUAUCUGUUGGUGAGGAUUUUGAAGGUCCUUCAGGGUGUUUUCAGUACUUUCUGAUUUGGUUUUGUAUAACCAACCUGAUGAACUUUGAGAAUAUCAAAAACUUUGAGGAAUUUUGUUUUGGAGAAAAUUUAAAGAGGAAAACACAAUCAGGGAUGUUGGUGCACACCUGUCAUUCCAGGACUCCGAAGGCUGAGGCAGAAAGUUUGUGGUGAGUUUUAGGUCAUCCUGGGCUACAAGGGAAGAUCAAGGUCAGACUGAACUGCAUAGAAAAACCCUGUCUGAAGAAAAAGGAAAGAAGAAUGAGACCAAAAAAAAAUGAUAAAAAUGAAAAGUCAAAAAUAGACUUUCUAGUGAGAAAUCUUUGUGAGGUUCUCUUGCAUGUGUACUUUAGUCAGCACACCUAGCAUAAGGUUUACCAUCAUGGAGACAUUGAUGUGCUUCCUGGUGUUUGUACUCUUUCAAUUUUUAAAUGCUUUUUACUUAGAUGACUGCAGAUAUGCUGCUAACUAUAUCCUUUUAGGAUUUGGGUAGUUCAGUAUGAAGAGAUUUUGAUCAUUCUGGUUUUUUUUUUCUGUCCUAAAUAUAUAUUAAUACCAGAUUUUGAGCAAAGGAUUACUAUUUUAUUUUGAAAUAAUAAUAAGAAUCAUAUAAAGAUACACUUUUUAAGUCUAUAAAGAGAUAAAAUAAGUAUAGAUCAAUAGUGAUUAAUGUACCUUGUUCAGUGACUUCUGAGAUUUCUUAAAGAUCAAUAUUUUCAUACAUUUGUAAAAGCUUUGGUUUGGUACAAAUUUUAAGACAUGGUCUCACUAAUUUUCUAAAUGUGCCAGGCUAGGCUUAAACCUUUCCUCAUCAUUCCUCCCCCUCCCAGGGUGCUGGGAUUACAGGUGUAUAUUAUCCUGAGUUGGCAAUGGGUAGCAAUGUUGUGUAUUCAUGCAAUAAAAUGUUUGGCUUUGGUCUUCAGACACUUUGUAGACGGAGUCUCUCUAGUUAAGCUGUCUGCACCCUCCUAGCCUGCAGCUUCUUUCACAGUGAGUAGGACUGAAAAUCCCAUUAACACUGUUAGUAGAUUCUCUGCUUUUCUAACUGUGGUCAGCAGGCACUUCAGAAGAUUACUCCAAAUGCCUUCAGCACUAGGAUUGAGGCUUGGUGUCUUUGAAGCACAUUCUCUUUUUCUUUGAUCCCUCAUGGAAUUUGAUGAUUGUUUGAAGUCAAAUCACAAGAAAGGUGGGAAGGUUAAAGCUACUUGGGGCACACUCCCCUCCAGAAGGCCAGGCCAGUGUAAAAAUUUAUUUACCCUCCUGGUGUCAGUUGCAAGGUUUUUUGUUUGUUUGUUUGUUUGUUUUGUUUUGUUUUUGUUUUUUUGUUGUUCAAUUUCUAGGAUUUGAAUACAGAGCUUUGCAUUGGCUUCUUUGUCUUCACCUUUUAACACUUUUCUUGUUUUGAGCCAUGUCCUUAAUAAAUGGCUAAAUUGCUGAGGCUCACCUUGAAUUUGUGAUGCUCCUGACUCUGCCUUCCAGACUGCUAGGAUUACAAGCCACACCACUGACCUGGUCUCAUCAUAGUGUUGUUAAAAACUUAUUGGCUGAGCAAGGAAUGAUGAAAAUGCCUGUAAUGCCUAUACUCAAGUGACUGAGGCAGCAGGGUUCCUGGGAUUUCCAGACAAGCCUGCAGCAUAUUCUGAGUUCAGCUCAGGCUACAAUGACAUAGGGAGACCCUGACUAUAAAAAGAAAAUGAAAAAAUAGGGAAGAAAAGGAAAGGAAAGAAAAGGAAAGGAAAGAAGAAAUAAAAUAAAAUUCCUAGUGAUUUUGUCAUUUGGUGUGCAUCUGGGCAAGCUGUUUUAGUCUGUGUCCUUUUCUUCCAGUGUAAAACCCUUUUGACUACUGUUACUUUAUAAUACCUGGAAACUAGUACUUUUAUGCCUCCUCUUUUAAUGUUCUUCCUGUGGCUAUAGGAUGACUCUUUUAAUUCCUUGUGAAUUGUCAUUUUUUUUAUGUUCCUAAGAAAAUGGCAUGGAUACUUUGACAGGAAUGGCACUGAAACCCCUGGUUGCUCUGGGUAGCAUGUACAUUAUAACAUGAAUUCUUCCCAUCCCUCAUCACAGUGUGGCUUUUCUUCUGUUAGUGCUCUUCUACUUAUUGCAUUCCAAGAAGAUGUGAGUUUGCUUCAAUUUCUCUAAUCAAUAGUUAUUUUUGAUUAUUUAUGAAAUGAAUUGUGUCCUUUGUAUUUGAGGCUACAAUUUGUUUGUAGUACUAGUAAUGAACUGAUUAGGGCAUGUUACUCAUGUAUCCUGCAAUUUAAGUGAUUUGUGAAUGUGUUCUAUAAGGUUGUCAAUGGAGUUUAAAUUUCUUAUAUAGAAUGCUGCACCCUCAGGAAAACUGAGACAACACUUAAUUCUUCCUUUCUGAUUUGGAAGGCUUUGCUUUCUCUUUCUGGAUUAACUUCUAUGGCCAGGACUUCGAGUACUGUAUGUUGAAAAGAGUUGCAAGCCUUGUCUUCUUCCUGACCCUAGAAGCAAAGCUUGCAGCUUGUCAGCCUCUUAGUACCAUGUCAAGGAUGGAGCUUGCCAUGCUGUGCUGAGGUCCAUUCCUCCUACUUAUAGUCUAUGAAUGAUUUUUAUCAUGAAAAAAUGGUGACCUUUUGAGGUUCUCAAAGCUGUUUUUCCAAAUCUCUUCAGGGGUUAGCUGUGCCUUAUGCUGUGAAUGUGGUAAGUGACACACACAAUAGUUUGUGCGAGAGGGAACAUUCUUGCACCACCGAGACUGAGCCCAGUGUUGAUCAUGUUGGUUAAUUUUGAACAUGCUGGUGAGUUAAUGUGGCAAACAUUUAGCUGAAUACUUUUGUGUAUGUUUGUUAGGAAUAUUUGCCAACAGAGUGUUUUCACUUAUUUUAUUUUUAACACAUUAUUGUCUGGCUUCAUUCUCAAGAUGACUUGUCACUUAAAAGAACUUGGUGGUGAUUUUUUUCUCCAACUUGAUGGAAGAAUUUAAAAACAAUCAGUAUUCAUUCUUUAUCACAUACUGGAUAAAAUCCACCAGUGCACGUAUUGUAUCCUAGCUUUGUUGUUGUUAUGAAGCAGCUGUGAAGUUUACCCAUUGCCUGUGCUCCUUAUUGCUCUGUUCAUCACACUGUUUACUUCUGAUGCGUGUGGUUUGGGGACAUCAAUGGACACCACAUAUUCUUUAAGGGUCACAUUUCAUUUUAUUUACGGAUGCUACCAUUUACUUUUGUAUCUUCAAACUAUCUCCAUAAUAUAUAAUUUUGUGAGUAACUCCUUUCAGUUACUCAGUUUUUAAUGCACACUCUUGCAGGGUUUGGUUACUGCUGGAGGAAACUGGGGCUAGUGAGGGCCUGGUCUCUUAUUUAAGGUCUUGUACCCUGACCUGCCUGCAGUGCCUCCAUCUGAUGGCCUGCACCCUGUAAACACCUUUCCUUUUCCAUAGCUAUGGUGAGUCCACAUGUGGCAGUUCAGAUCUGCAGCUGGGUGGAAAACAUUCAGUCAAUUUGAGUUCUGCAACAGACUGACCUCAUACAGAGCUCCCCUGAGUGAGACAGGGGGCCUCAGGCAUGUGGGGAGGAGCUCUGGAACUAUUUCAGCUCUCUCCUGUCCAGUGUGAAGUGUGUGACGCUUUCCUUAGAACUCACCGAUGGAUGAGGCAGCCUAGACUGGGCCUUUUUUAGCCAUGGUUCCUGCUAGGUGCCAUGGUGUCCUGCUCCUCCACCUGGACCAUCUCUCUGAUUUCAGAUCUCCACAGAGAUCUGAGCAGACUCAGUUUUCCUCUACCAGGCUCUAACUCUAUGCUGAGGAUUCAGCUGAAAUAUCUUCGACCCUCAAAUUCAUCUUACAUACAUUUAACCUGGAUAUUCCACUUCUAAGGCUCAUUAUAAAAAAUGAUAUUGAUAGACACCAUAUUCUCUUCUUAAUCAGUUAAGGUGUGGACAGUUAGAAACCAUGAAUGUUGCACAGCACAGCUGCUCAGUUAAUUAUAAAUAACAGCCACUGAAAAUGUUGAAAGAAGGCCAUGUCCUAGGCCAUGUCCCUGAUCUUUCCUGAGAUGGAAGAGAGCUUGUGUCCUGGCUCUCUCUCCACCCAGAAGUGAAGAGACACAGGCCUGCACAACAGGUGAGGACAGGAGAGAGGAGCUGGUCAAUGGCAGAUGUCUCAUCCUGGGAGGGAUGCCUUUGGGGAUUUUCCAUUUUGUUUUCCACUGCAUUAUUUAUAGUGCUCCACUCAAUAUUACUUCUCUCCUGUUCAAUUCACUUAAGAAUAAAUAGUUGGUAUUUUCUUGAAUAGGUGAGUGGAAAUGGAUGACUUAAUUUUCUUUUAUCUGUAAUCUAGGAUAAUCAUAUAGAAGAACAUUCAAGCAUUUCUUUAUAGAUAUAUAAAAUGAGUCUUUUUAUUCAGAAAUGCAACACAUCAUUCAUGACUAACUUUUACAUCCCCAACACAUAAAGCCAUGUGGAUCCCGCUUUGGUGGGUGUCCUGCCCUCCCUACCUGAGAAUUCACUGUGCUCAUCUGUGUCUGGUAGAUGACACCCAGAAUCUUCUUCACUGUCUCUUUUGCCAGUAUGGAAGACUUGAAUCUUCCUGUGCUCAGGCCAAGCAGGGAGUGUGCAGCAUGCAGAGGAGCCAGAACCUCCUGCCUUACACCCAUUUCCACCACUGCAUCCAUGCUGCAGCCCUGCAGGCCCAAUAAGGCAGAUCCACCAGGGUACAGCAAAGACUCUGCCACCUCAGCCCCAGGGACCUCAACUCCUGGGUCCUGGCCUCAGUCUCCACCAGGCUCCAGGCCCUGCCCUGGGUUGGACAUUCAUAGUGGGCCAGACACAACAUCAGUGUCUUGGGGCUAAGUCCAUUUUACACAGUGACCCUUCCAUUCUGCAAAUUUUGAUCCUUUCCUUUGUAAAUGAGGCUGAGGCAUUGGAGACAAAACCCGCACAUUAGCAUUAAUUUUUGUUUUUCUUUCCCCUUCUUCCUCUUCCUCUUCCUCUUCCUCUUCCUCCUCCUCCUCCUCUUCUUCUUCUUCUUCUUCUUCUUCUUCUUCUUCUUCUUCUUCUUCUUCUUCUUCUUCUUCUUCUUCUUCAUCUCUUCAUCUUUGUCUUUGUCCUUGUCUUGGACUUCUUUGUCUUUGACUUCUUUGUCUUCUUCAUGGUUUCUUUGUUGCUUUAAGCAUAUAUUUAGAGGUGCAUUUUGCCAAAAACCUUUCUUUGUCUUUUCACUUUCUAGUUAACUGAAGUUUUUACAGAUCUCUAUUGCAAUUGUAACCGUCUGUGUUUCAAUGCUCAGAAUCCAUUCUGCAGCUUGGUAGAAUGAGGGAAGUAAAGCAGAAACUGAACUUGGGGAAGUUUUUGUGCAUUUUAGCAUAUCGUACAACAACCCCUGACUCAUGGCUUUUUACCUCAAAAAUAUGGACUUCAGCAGCAAGUGAGUCUGCCACAGACAAAAUGAGUUUCCUGUAUGUAUUUCAAACAAUCUCAUUUCCCCUCAACUUGUGAAGCACAUGGUAUAGGUUUCUUAUGGCCAAACUUGAAAAAUUAUUUCCAGUACAUGAAAGGCUGCCACUGGUCCAGAAAUCAUGACAGAACUUUCUUGUAAACAUAUAGUCUGAUCCACACCCUGGCCGACAGAAGCUAAGAGAGUCAGAGAUGGCUGGCACAGAUAGAAACACCUCAAAAUUGUCAACUACCAGCUGCAACAAGCAGGAACCACUUUGCUGACCUUUCAGUGUUGGGUGAUGGAAUUGUGUGGUGGGUUUUGCACUAGGUUUUCUGA